CCUCCCUUCCCUCCCCUCCCCUCCAUUCUCCCCCUCCCGACCGCUGGCAGCUAAAGGCUGACCUCAGCUGAGGUCUCUGCUCCAUCAAGGCGUUUGCGGCGAGAGGCGCGAGCUCACCACAGGGAGGCGAACCCUGCAGAGGAACGCUUUGGACGCCAUGUCGGGAGUUGUUGAUGGUGUUGAUAGUGAUGUGUUUGGAUGUCCUCAUAUCUCGACUAUCCGGGCGGUCAUCGGCAGUAACGACGCCAGCAUCGUAGAGAGGAUGAAGAUGCUCUACUACGCCAGACACAAGGGAGGGCCAGAGGCAGUGGAGGCACUGCAGCUGGGACUGAACACCAGAUCCAACCUCCUCAGGUGCGGUAGCCACAACAAAUGAACAAGAGAUCCCGCAGUUAGAGAGAUGAUGCUGUCGGUGUGUGUGUUUGCUGCGCUGCUGCGUUGUGUGUCUAUGAGCAGGCACGAGAUAGCGUAUGUGUUGGGUCAGCUGGGGGAGCCGUCUGCCAUCCCCAUUCUUACGCAGCUCCUCAGCGACCCAGCAGAGGACGAUAUGGUUCGCCAUGAGGUAGGUGACCGCAUUGAUACACACACACACACACACACACACAGACACAGACUGUUGUGAUUCAUGCCGGCCGCGUGUCCUUGCUCCAGGCUGCUGAGGCCCUGGCGGCCGUCAAAUCGACCGAGAGCCUGGAUCUGGUGAGCCUUUUUGGGGUGUAGACACGACACGAUGUGGAGAAUAAGUGCGUCCGUUAUGCCAUAUACAUUCAGAUCCGCGAGUACGCUUCUGAUGCCUCCCUCCCCGCCGUUGUUCGCGAGACCUGCGAACUGGCAGUGAGGUCGCUGGAGGACAAGAAGGAGGAGCAGGAACCAUCAGAUGCCGACCCAUCACCACCAGCAGCAGCGGCUGAUGAGAGCGAUAAGGACCAGCGGCAUCAAGAGGAGGCGACUCAGAGGGGCAAGGGGUGGACGCUCCACAAGUUAGUCGAUGGCGAGGCCUGCAGAGAGAAUGAAUGACAACACAGCUUAAGACACCUGGAUGUGAUGUGUGUGAAUGUGCGGUGGGUGAUUGGUGCAGUCCUGUUGGUGCGCCAUCGGCCGCGGGUGCGGACUCGUCCGUGAGCCCCUACAACACCGUCGAUCCCCUCGCCACCAAGAAGGGCUACCGCAAGCAAGACAUCCCGGCACUGCGCCAGACACUCCUCGACCACACAUCCCCCCUCUGGCUCAAGUAGGUAGACGAAUCAAGGCCAGCGAGUCAGUCGAUCCACACAGACGCUGUUUGUCUGUUUGUCUGUCUGUCUGGUCGUGUGUGUGUAUGUGUGUGUGACCAGGUACGAGAGUCUGUUUGCCUUGCGGAAUCUGGGUGGCAGUGGUGCUGUGGAGGCAGUGUCGAGAGCCCUCACGGACGACCGGACGUCAGCUCUCUUCAGACACGAGGUGAGGCGAAGCAGGCGGGCGGCUGGACACGCAGUCAACCUGAGAGAGCGGAAGGAGCGAUGGCAUCCAUCGAAUGGUCCACUUAUUUUAUUGUGCUUGUGUGUGUGGAUUGCGUCAGUUGGCGUUUGUGUUGGGUCAGAUGCAGAGUGAGGACAGCGUGUCGGCGCUGGUUCAGUGCCUGGGUGACGCUAGCGAGCACCCGAUGGCACGGCACGAGGCGGCACUCGCUCUCGGGGCCAUCGGGUCCAAAGAAGCCAUACACGCACUGUAAGCGAGACAAGAUGCAGCCAGAGACAGACCGCGAGAUAAAACGGCUGUGGGUGUGUGUGUGUGUGUGUGGUCAGGGAGCGCCACGUGGAGGACCCUGAGCUAGUUGUGAGCGAGAGCUGUCUUGUCGGGCUGGCGGGCGAAGACUGACUGACUCUCUGUCCGUCCCGUCCGCCUGCCUGCCUGGGUGUGGUGUUUGACCCUUGAUUUGCUGUAUACCGACCGAUGGUCGUGAUGUGGUACACCCAUGGAUGCAUGCCUUGAGUGGGUGGGCGAGACCGUCACAUAACAUCGAAGGUGAAUACUCUCAGGGAAUUCUGUACACGGCGAGGGCAGAAGAAGGGGACUGACAGGGUUUGUGGUGUGCUGUGUGUGAAUGCACUUCUCUUUUGUUG